AUGCUCGAUGUUUCCUUUGAAGUUAAUUUCAAAAUAAUAGCUGGCUCUUAUGAUCGCGUAUUAACUGUUUUUUCACCAGAUGGAUAUUUAUUUCAAGUCGAAUAUGCUUUAGAAGCUGUUAGAAAAGGAACUUGUGCAGUGGGAGUCUGUGAUGAAGAUUAUGUUGUUCUUGGAGUCGAAAAAAAAACGGUUCUUAAAUACAAGAUCCGUCUUAGUGCAGAUGCAAGAGUUCUUGUUAAUGUCAAAGUCAUAGAUUUACUGUUGAAUAUAUUACGCGGUAUACUGCAGGUGUUCAACAGAUACACACAAAGUGGUGGUGUACGUCCAUUUGGCAUUUCAACACUUAUCAUUGGAUUUGAUGCUAAUGAUAAGGUGCCAAGACUUUAUCAAACUGAUCCAUCUGGCAUAUAUUCAGCAUGGAAG